AGCCAUUGCCAUGGGCCUCAUGCAGCUCAUGUGCACAGCAGCCACAGCCCCCACGGGGAUGAAGUUCAGCCAGGACCAUAUCCCACUGUGGAAGAUCCCAGCACAUGUGAUAUUGUUAAGGCUACACAGUAUGGAAUGCUGGAGCGAUGCAGAGAACUGGUAGAAGCAGGAUAUGAUGUUCGACAACCAGACAAAGAGAAUGUGACUCUCCUUCACUGGGCAGCAAUAAACAACAGACAGGAGCUGGUUAAAUACUAUAUUUCCAAAGGUGCUGUAGUGGAUCAACUGGGUGGAGAUUUGAAUUCAACUCCCCUUCACUGGGCUGUUAGACAAGGACACCUGCCCAUGGUCAUGUUAUUGUUGAAAUGUGGAGCAGAUCCCAGUCUCAUUGAUGGGGAAGGAUUCAGUGGCAUUCAUUUAGCAGUGUUGUUCCAACACAUGCCCAUCAUAGCUUACCUCAUAGCAAAAGGCCAGAACAUAGACACAACAGACUUGAAUGGACAAACACCUUUGAUGUUAGCAGCACAAAAAGCCAUGGGACCAGAACCCACGAGGUUUCUCUUAAAGUUUAACCCCUCUCUCAAUGCUGUAGACAAUGUUCAAAAGAAUACUGCACUGCAUUGGGCAAUAGCAUCAGGAAAUACUAGUGCAGUGGAUCUGUUGCUGGAAGCUGGUGCCAGCCUGGACAUAAAAAAUGUCAAGGGAGAGACACCACUUGACCUUGCUUAUCAAAGCCUGGAUCGCUUCACAGUUUAUAUGAUAAAAGCGGAAGAAAGGAUGAGAAGCAGGAGAAGUAGUGGGUUACUGCAAGUAGUGGAGAAAUAUGAGCUCUUCCUGAUGUUGGCAACUUCCCUGACACUGAUGUGGGCCAUAGGAUACGUCAUGAACUUGAGUUCUGAUUCCUGGCUUUUGAAAGGAGUUGUGCUCCUGUGCCUGCUCUUUGUGAUGGCUCUGUUUGUGAGGCACCUUGUGGGGUUCAAGAAUCUAAGGUACCUUCCCACAGCGUUUCUGCUAAGUUCAGUGUUUUGGAUGGCCAUGACCUGGUUUUUCUGGUUCCUGCCUGAUAUAACAGAUAGAAUUCUUCAGCUCUCUGUCAUGUUCAGCACAGUGGGUUUUCUUUAUUAUUUCUAUAAAACGUGGAAAACCGAUCCUGGAUAUAUAAAGACUUCAGAAGAAGAAAGAAAAGAGAACAUCGUGGCUCUUGCAGAAGGAGGUUGCUUGGACUCCAGAACAUUUUGCACAUCAUGUCUUGUAAGGAAGCCUUUGAGAUCUGUGCAUUGCCUUGCUUGCCAAGCAUGUGUAGCCAGAUAUGAUCAGCAUUCUCUGUGGAUUGGACAGUGCAUAGGGGUUGGGAACCAUCGUCCCUACAUAUUGUUCCUGACUUUCCUAUCAGUGACUGGUGUCUGGCUGCUUUAUGGAACUCUCCUGUAUUGGUCCAACCAUUGUGCAACAAGUUACCAUCAAGAUGGAGCAUGGACAUACUUCACCCAGAUAGUGUACUGCUCUCCCUGGGUUGCUUACAUCUUCACACUAACCUGUUUCCAUACUGCUUGGGCCUCGUUGUCCCUCACUGUUCAGCUUUAUCAGAUUGUGUUCUUGGGCUUGACCUCACAUGAAAGAAUGAAUCUCCUGAUGCAGAGAAAAUCUUCUAAGCAUCCUGUUUCCCUCAGGAGGACUCCAUACAAUCUUGGAUGCUUCCAGAAUCUUGCAGACUUUUUUCAGUGCAGUUGCUUUGGUCUGUUCAAACCCAAUGGAAUUGACUGGACCAAGCAAUACAACCUUUUUCACCUGGCAAAGGAGAAAAAUGUUCAUGCUGUGUAA